GAUUGCUCAUUGGCUGCCGAGAACAUCCGGUCCAAUUUCUAUUGGUUGGCUGGCUUUGUGUGGAGAAAAUUGAAAUGAACGUUUGAACUGUUUCUAGCUGGAUCCGUGCUACAACCACUUCUCAUAAAAAAAUCAGUGGUUCGACCUGUAAGCAACUCUAUUAUGGGCGAUCAUAUCGAGGUAGAGAUCACUCCAGAGACUCCAGGAAGGCCUUCCAUCAGAAAUCCCUUUGAGAGUCCCAAUGAUUACCAUCACCUGAGGGAGCCUCUGGUCCCCAGCCCCUCUGUCUUCAAGUCCAAGCCCUCAAAGGCUACUCCACCAAAGUUUAACUGGUCUAUCGAUGAAAUGGCCAGUCUUCUACCAGUGCACAUAGACCCAGAGGAAAUCCAGCGGCAAUCAUUCUACCUCAGCCAGACAAGGAUGGAUUCUGACAUUGAGGAAAAAUGUCAGAUUGCUAUAGACCAGUUCUUCACUAAAGGAGCCAUUGUGCCUUCCCCCUGGGCAGAACCAGAAACCCGCAGAGCCCCUCAACUGUACAAGAAAAGUCCUUAUACUGCAACAAUCUCAGAGGAGUCUGAAAAAAUCUCAGUUGCCUGCCAGACGACACUUUCACUACCUUUGGCUUUUGAUUUGGAGAAAUUACUCGGAGAAUACUAUCGCUACGAGGAGGCAUGUGAUGCCGUGCAGGAGAGCCUCAGUUCCUCCUCCUUGAGACGUAAGCUCUUCCUGGACGGUCAUUUCAGCUACAGCAGCUCUGACAGCUCCACCCCACCGAGCCCAGAGAGAGCUAACGGCAGGUUUGAAGGCCCGUCUCCCCAUGACAGAGCAGGAGCUGGAGGCCAAGAUGUUGAAAGGGAAACUUUAACACCUGUCUUUCAGUCUCCUCAUGUCCGUGGCAGGUCGGAAAAGACUCCCUCAACAGACCAGUUCUCAUCCAGUCCCAUCCAGCAGGGCUGCUUCAGAGACUGCAGCCUCGGCAGCAUCACUAGCCCUCUGUUUCCUGAUAGGUCUUCUCCUGCAGGCCACAUCUCCCCGACCGUUUCUCCUAUUGUUCCCAUGGCACGGACCCCCAUAGGCUCAGGUGAGCGGAAACAGCACGCCAACUUAACCCCACGCGGAGCUACGCUGGACACAGCCCUCACUAAGGAGAGCCCGUUUGUGGAAGGCUGCUCCCCGAUCCGGAGCUGCUCCCCUCACCAGCUCCAUUACCAACAUGAGCCUCUUCACGCUUCCAAACCCAAGCCCAGACCUAGAGUGCGCUGCUGGGCUUCCCCUCCCUUGAUCUCGCCAAUCCUUUAUCCAAAGCUUCAAGAUGAUCAGGAGGCUGAAGAACAUCCUGCCUUCACUUCCUCAUCCUCUCUCCCAGCCAUGGAGCUAGAUCCAACAUCCCCUCUGGCAACAUACGGCCGCUCCGCUGCCCUGGAGAGAAUCAACCUGGCCGCUAUUGAGGCUGUGAAAGCAGAAAAAAGAAAAGAGAUUGAACUAAUAAAAAAGAUCGAGGAGGAGGAUGAUGAAGCCGGAGGCUCUUCAGAACAGCUGACCAGCUCACGUAUGGGAAACGUGUCGGCAUCAGAAAGCUCUCAGAUGUUUGUCUCUCUACUGGCAGAAGGAAGCAGCAUCCGAUAUGACUCCAGCAUGCAGGUGGACAGUGGCUAUAACACCACCUCAGCUGGCACAGCUAGCCUCAUCGAUGGCAUCAGCUCCGACUGUCAGAGCAAAGAGUCCCUCUGUUCCAACCUGGUAGAAGAAGCAUUUCCCUCCUCUCGAUUGACUAAGGUUAAGGCAUUUUAUCCUCCCCACUGCCUUACCUGAUUCCUACCUCAAAGGGAGCGCUCCUCCAGCUGAAGUUUACCAUUUUUUUUUUCAGAUCUAUCUCAAAGGCUGAGACUGUUUAGAAACGUUUAACAUUAACCAGCAUCUUUUGGUAGAAGUCAGCCUGCUGACUAAAACAAUUCUCUACAUCUGUAUGAUUAAUUAAAGGGAUGUUUGCAGGUUAUUUCAGCCAUUCUGUAAACCACUGAAGUUUUUAGUUACGAUGCAGUGGUUUCAUAAAGUUUGGGAAUUAUGUCUGAGUUGCACAUAAGUGACCUUUUUUUUCAAUGCUGUAUUUUGACACCUGUUAAUUGGUGCAGACUUGACCGACUUGUAGUACUGUAUAUUUAUAAAACAAUUUAGUUUUUCUAACACACACUUCCUGUUCUUCUAAUUAAUAUUUUUGUACAUCAGCCUUUGGAUUUUAUAUGUAAUUUUUUAAUCAGUACACAGGAUGGAAAGAUUGAGCCCUUUUUAUUUCAAAAAAUGUUUUUAUUUUUUCUACAUGAGAUUUUAAAAUUAAAGGACUUUCAAUUCUUCAUCCUUGCCUAAAGGA